AUGGGGGCCGGGAGCAGACGGCAGGCAGGGUCUGGACCAGAGCAGCAGCAGCAGCAGCAGAAGGAAAAGCUGGUUCUGAUGCAGACUGUACAAAACCAGCCCGUGGGGCUCAGAGGCUUCAAUCUGGGCAUCAAACCCUGUCAGCAGAGACAGACGGCCGCUCAGAGUGUGAAUUCCACCACAGGCCAGGACAUCGGGUCUCUCGGCUCUAAAGCCAGUGGCUGCGCCAGAGGCACACGACCCCCAGGGCUGGGUCACUUUCUGCCCUGCACGGGUGGAGAUGCCGCGCUACAGGCGAAGAGCUCGGGCUGUAGACCUGGGCUACCUGGUCCCCAUCUGCUCUACCACAUAGAGACCCUGUGGCCUCAGGCGAGUCACCCAAGCCACCUGCGCUGGUUCCUCCCCAAGGCUCCCUUGUGGGGUGGCCGCAUGGACGGGGAGAGGAAGAGGCAGCAUGAGGCGCCACACCCGAGGAAGCAGCAGAGCAGUUAUCAUCAAUCGCUGUUUGUUAUGACCGUGGUCACAUGGAUGUACCUGCUCCAACUCUCCCGGAAAUCACGGCUGACACUAAUUGAUAUUGUCACCUACUUGGAAAAUUAUCUUUUCAUUAAUGGGUCAUAA